CAAAAAAAUAAUCUGUCAACUAAUCGAUUAUCAAAAUAAUCAUUAGUUGCAGCCCUGCUACAGUUGACGUGUCACGCCGCAACAGCUCUACACUGCAUGCGACAAAACGACCGUUGCAAAUCAUUUUAACUUUGUGUCAGUAGGCUAUAGCAAGGUUGCAGAGAAGAUCCUAAUGCAUCUCGAUAACGCCUACAACAUUCCAAACCUGUGUGGCCGAUCGGCGGCCUGCAAGACCAACCUGCCCUCCAGCACUGCAUUCCGAGGGUUCGGUGUGCCCCAGUGCAUGCUGGUCGUUGAGAGUAUGAUUGAUGAUGUUGCACUCAAACUCGGCCAUCUGCCUGAAGAGAUCAGGGAAAUAAACAUGUACAAAGAAGUUUCCCUCACUCACUACAAGAUGGAGUUUGACCCAGAGAAUCUCGUCCGCUAUUGGAACGAGUGUAUGGAAAAAAGCUGACUUCAGCAGCGCCAGCAGGCCAUCGGUUUCUUUAACCAGCAGAACCAGCUCAAAAAGAGAGGAAUCACCAUUAUACCCAUUAAAUGUGGCAUUGGGUUUGCUGAAGCCUUCCUCAACCAGGUUACAUUCUCCUAAAACAUGCACACAGUGUCUUUUAUAUUAUUUUAAAUAAACUCCAAAUGAUCUAUUGACA